GAGCUCAAGGUAUCAGACCUAGACGAGAUCACAACGGACAUGAAGUUCUUCAUUUUGGCCACUUGCCUGCUGGCUUACGCCGCUGCAGAUGUCUCACAUUUGCCAUUGGAGCUCCUGGAGGAGCAUCACGAGCAUGGCUAUGGCUAUGACUACCCCAAGCCGGAGGUGCCCUUUGUGAUUACCAGCACCACGGAGCCGCCACCACCGCCGCCGCCGCCAACUUACCUGCCGCCCAAGCCGGUGCCCACUUACCUGCCUCCCCCACCACCCACAACUACUACCACUACGACCACGACCACGACUACCACUACACCUGCUCCUACUCCCGCUCCCACUUACCUGCCUCCUCCUCCUCCCACAACCACCACCACUACUCCCGCUCCAACUCCCGCUCCCACUUACCUUCCUCCCCCACCACCUCCACCAAGAACCACUACUACUACCACCACAACCACACCCGCUCCCACGCCAGUGCCCACCUACCUGCCGCCUCCUCCUCCCCCACAGCCUGAGCCUGAGCCAGAGCCCGAUCAUGGCUACCACUAUGAAGCCCCAGCCGAGGCAUUCAUCUUCUAAUCAAAACUAAGAGAAAAACCUAUAAAAAAAAAGACAAAAAAAGAGGCACCUCCCCACUGGACUGAACCCGCUGAAAAUUUCCCCGGAUGACUUUGUUUUGAUCGUUCCACACUAGUCUAAGGUUUACAUAAGUUAAAGCUAAACGUAUCUCGAAUAAAUG